AUGAGUGAAUCAAAAGAUACGAUCACCAAGCAUGAUCCUCUUCCAUCGCCAGCGACCGAGGGCGCUGAUGUCGAUAUGGGGCAAUACAGGGCGACUGUACCACGCUGGAAGCGUGUAUGGCAACAUAGUUUGACGCAGAUGAUACUAUUGAGUAUCCAGGCGUUUUGCGGACCAGCCAUGGCGGACGCGAUUACUGGCCUUGGUGGCGGUGGUCUUGCAACUCCGCAUAUAUCAAACAUCGCAACAGCAAUUACGUAUGCCCUACUUGCCGUCGUCUGCUUCUUGGGCGGCCCGUUGGUCAAUAAGAUCGGUGUUAAAUGGGCCCUCGUUAUCGGAUCAAUGUCAUUUCCUAUUGAAGGAUCUGCAUACUACUGCAAUAGCAAAUUUGGGAACCAAUGGUACCUCAUUCUCAGCGGUGCUAUCAGCGGUAUUGGAACUGCUUGCUGGUAUGUCGCCGAAGCAGGAGCUAUAAUGACUCUCGCACCGUCCGGUGCUCGAGGAAAGUACCUAGCGUUAUGGAUCGUGUCACGGAAUCUCGGCCAGUUGGUUGGCGGUGCAAUCAACCUCUCAAAGAACCAUGAAAAAGGAGCCGAAGGCGGCAUCUCUCCUGAUACUUAUAUCGCCUUCUUGAUUAUUGAGUCUCUAGCCCUGCCAUUCGCACUAUUGAUUACACCCUUUGAACGCGUCGUCCGAUCCGACGGUACAAAAAUCGUCAUUGCAGAAACCCUUUCUACCAAGCAGGAAUUGAAACGCAUUGCAAAGACAAUGACCUCGAAACUCAUUAUGCUGUCUGCCCUCUGGGCACUGUGGUCAUUCUUCUACUCAGGCACAUGGUCCACCUACCUAGGAACCUACUUCUCAGUGCGCUCCCGCGCUCUCUCAUCUCUAAUUUCUCCUUUCUUCUGCAUUGUCGGCUGCUUCGGCCUCGGCUUCAUCCUCGACAUGAAGAGCCUCAGCCAACGCCGCCGCGCUCAAAUAGGUCUCUAUAUCGUUGUCAUUCUCAACGUCGGCGUAUACAUCUGGUCAAUUAUCAUGCAGACCAGAUUCAACAGCCAUAACCCCGGCCAUAUCGAUUGGGAUGAUGGACUAUACGCCUCGUCCUUUUUGCCGUAUUUCUUUAUACAGACUACCGGUCCUUUAUCGCAGUCGUAUAUGUAUUGGCUUUUGUCUUCUUUUGCGACUGAUGCUCAGGAAAACGUCCGCAAUGGUGCUGCCUUUAGGUGUAUUGAGGCUAUUGGUCAGGCUAUUGCCUAUGGUAUGAAUACUCAGACGACGAGUAAUCCUCUUGUUGGAUUCUGCGUGACCUUCGCCUUACUUGGCGUGGCUUUGGUCCCUAUGAUCAUGCUUGUGAAUUCCACACCUGACCGUAUUCCUGCUGAUGUUGUUGCUGAGAAGCAGGAUGAGGCUUUCGAAAAGAGAGUUGAUUUGUGA